AUGACUUCAGAGAUUACUUACGCUGAAGUGAGGUUCAAAAAUGAAUCCAAGUCUUCAGGCACCAAAUCGGAGCCUCCUGCAGGUAAGAAACAUUUUCUGGUGGUCAGAACCAGCCCUCAGAGAAGUAACUUCAGUUUUUCCAAGGUACUUUUUCCAUUGCUGACACUUCUGCUGCUAUUGGCAAUCUCAUUUUUUAUCGCUUUUAUCAUUUUCUUUCAGAAAUAUUCUCAGCUUCUUAAAGAAAAAAAGAUUUUAAAAGAAUUAACUCACAAUACAUUGGAAUGUAAGAGAGAAAAUUUGACCAUGGAAGAGAAAGAUUGGAGCUGCUGCCCAAAGAAUUGGAAGUCAUUUAGUUUGAACUGCUACUUUAUUUCUAAUGAAUCCAAAAAUUGGGCUGAGAGUGUGAAGAACUGCUCAGGAAUGAAGGCUCAUCUGUUGGUGAUCAACAGCAAGGAUGAGCAGGAUUUUAUCAGUAAGAAACUGGAUAAAAAGGCUGCUUAUUAUAUGGGGCUAUCAGAUCCAGAGGGGACAAGAGACUGGCAAUGGGUCGAUCAGACACCAUACAACAAAAGUGCCACAUUCUGGCACCAAGGUGAACCCAGUAGUCCUGAUGAGCGUUGUGUUAUCUUGAAUGCUCGAUCAUCAAAAUGGGGCUGGAAUGAUGUCCCUUGUGAACCCCUUCAAAGGUCAAUUUGCAAGAUGAUGAAGAUCUUUAUAUGAAUGGAACAUUCUCCAUGAACGUAUGGUUGAAUUGGUAUCCACCAUUAAAGAGAUAGCUAAUUUGUUUUCUAAAAUUCAUGUGUAAGUCUUGUAUAAGUGAUAGAAGUUUUCAGUAGCCUGUCACCUAUUCCACUUAAGAUAAAACCAGCAUAUGUUCAUUCAUUUAUUCAUUCACAAAAUAAACAUUUA